AUGGAAAAUCCUACUUCUAACUUUUUUUCAAACAUUCCUCUGAAUCAGUUAAACAAUUUUGUUCAUCUUAAGGUCAAGGAAGACAACUUCAUUACAUGGCGACAUCUUAUGAACCCUGUAAUUCACAAAUACAAGCUAAUGAAGUAUCUUGAUGGUUCCUAUCCUUGUCCUCCACAGUACACAAAUCCCAGGAAUCAGCUGAAUGGAAUUGAAAAUUCCUUAUACACUGACUGGAUUGAUGAAGAUUAUUCAAUUAUGAUGUGGCUCCAUUCCACAAUCUCAGACUCUGUCAUUUCUUACUUUUCAAUGGCAACAACCUCUCAUGAGCUUUGGUUCAGCAUUGAAGAACGUUUUGCAAGGGCUUCUUCCACUCAUUCCAUACAACUGCUUGUUGCUGGUGAAGUUAUUUAUGACAAGGAACUAGUUGUUAUUACACUCAAAGCCUUAAAUGCUGACUACAUACCCUUUGAUACUUCCAUGAGACACCGUAAUCCACCCAUCGCUAGUAUUGAAUUGCACAACAAUAUACUUAGUGAAGAACCAGUUAUUAGUGAAAGAGCAGCUACACUCAAACUUGAAACUGAUGCCAAAAUUUUCAUGGCAAAUACUGACACAACCAGUACUAGUUAUAGGGGUUCUUACUCUAACUCUAGGGGUUCAUUCAGAGGAAGAGGUUAUGGUGGUGGUGGUCGUUUCCCAAACCCUGCUAUAUUUCACAGAUCCAACACAGGCAGAGGAUAUAAUUCAGCUGUGAAACAACCAUGUUAG